AUGACAUCAGUGUUCAACACCCAUGCUUCACUGCCGUACAACCAUGACUUAUUUGAAAGUCUUAUUGUAAAGAAAAUGGGCAUGGAAACAGCACUCUCUUCGGCAAACGAUGGUCCGGCAUACGUAACACAUGUCCCAACCAACGCACUUCUGGUGCUGGACACAUUCUUUAAUGGAAACAGGAGGACGAUUAGGGUCCUCAACCAAAGCCUUUGGCUCAAAAGCCUAACCGCAAGGCAGCGGUGUUUGGCGGGAAAUGCAAAUGCAUUACCAUUUCUACGGAACAAGUCGCCACAUGUUCCAACCCCCAACCUGGAGGGCCAGGAGACUGUGUUCGUCAGACCCCUAACCAUUGACCAACCUGGUGUGAGAGACUCUUCUCGAGAAAGAGUUGGUAGGGUGAUCACUAUCGAUCCGAGAACACCUUCGGUACCCGAAACCGAUCCAUCUGAUGUUGCGAUUUCCGCCACACGCAAUCAAGAUGACAAACCAGUUGCAUUCUUCUCACGUACACUGCCCGUCAGCGGAAAACCCCAUUCCGCUAUUCAGAAAGAAGCGUGCGCAAUUGUCGAAGAGUACGCAAAUGGAGGCAUUACCUACUCGGGACCCAUUUCAAGAUUAUAA